AUGCCGGCGGAGAUGUUCAGCAUCGAUAGUAUUUUAUCAGGAGGCAGGUCUCACUGUAAGGACUCGACGGGGCUCCACACCGCCCCGCUGCCGGCGUACCCUGGCAUCGCCGGGGACACGGUCUGUGCCAGUACGGAGUACCUGGGGCUCUAUACUCCGGCCGUCGCCCCUCCGCCUCCGCCUCCUCCUCCGCCAGCGCCGACCCCUCAACAUCCCAGCCUGGCAGUCGGGGGUUCGAGGAUGGCUUACAAUUAUUACUACGUCCCGGGCACGACCAGGGUGUCGUGCUGCAGCACCGUGCCCAGUUGCCAGCCGCUGAACACUCAACACUGCUCCUGUCUGCCGCCAGGGUUGGAAGGGGCUACCUCGGCCUACCUCUCCCCUAUGGCCCCCCAGGUGUUGCCCUACGUGAGCCUGGGCGCCCUGUCCCGCACUGACCUCCAGCUACUGAACCAGCUUCACUGCCGGAGGAAACGCCGCCACAGGACCAUCUUCACGGAUGAGCAGCUGGAAGCCUUGGAGAACCUCUUCCAGGAAACCAAGUACCCAGAUGUGGGCACCAGAGAACAGCUAGCUCGGAGGGUCCAUCUCCGUGAGGAAAAAGUGGAGGUCUGGUUUAAAAACCGGCGAGCUAAAUGGAGGAGGCAGAAGAGGUCAUCCUCAGAGGAAUCGGACUCCCAGAAAUGGAUCAAAAACUUGAAACCCAGCCCGGCUGGGAAGACCCUAAGGGAAGAGAGAGCUGCAGCCCCAGAGAGCGAGCUGGACUCAGACAGUUGACAACCAAGGUGACCAGAAACACUCAACAGCUUGCGGCUGCUGCCUUGUACAUUGUCCAUUCAGUGGACCCAUGUUGCUGUAAAUUCUGUACAUAUACAUAUUCUAUUUAGGUGUGUGUGCGUGCACGUAUGUGUGAUUAUUUUUUAAGUAAUAAAACUGUGCUGAGAUAUUACUUGGGUGUGACCUACCUCUGAUUUGUCGUAAUUAGCCUCAUGGUCAAUGACAUGCCAAUUUAGCAGAAAUGGCAUAUAUUUCGGCACAGCAGGACAGCAAGACAGCCGACACCGGAGACACCGGUGACUGCAGAGGCUGGAAUCUCGAGCAACACACAACCUGCUGGAGGAUCUCUAUGGGUGGAGCAGCGUCUUUUGUGGGGGAAAAGAACUGGUGACGUUCCAUGUCAAUGUCCUGUCUCUGGACUCUUCCUUCCAUAUACUGGAGGUGGUCAGUAUAAAGAGAAACGGUGAGACAGGAAUCUGAAUCAAAGUUCAAAGUACAUAUUAGUCACCACAAACUUCCCUGAGAUGCAUAUUCUUGUCGGCAUUCACAGUAGAACAAAGAAAUACAAUAAAAUCAAUGAAACACUAUACACAAAGACUGACAAACAAUCAAUGUACAAAAAAAGACAAACUGUGCAACUGCAAAAAAGCAAACAAUUGUAAUAAUAAUAAAUUAUAACUCAUACUGAGAGCAUGAGUUGUAGAGUCCAUGACAGUGAGUCCAUAGGUUGGAGAAGCAGUUCAGUGUUGAGGUAAGUGCAGCUAUUCAGGCUGGUUCAGGACUGUACCUCCUUCCUGGUGGCAGCAGUGAGAAGAGACCGUGGCCUGGAGGGUGGGGUCCUUGAUGAUAGACGCUGCUUUCUUGUGGCGCUGCUCCUUGUAGACGUGCUCAAUGGUGGGGAGGUCUUUUCCCAGGCUGUACCCACUAAUUCUUGCAGGCUUUUCCUUUCUUGGGUGUUGGUGUUUACAUUCAAGGCCACGAUGCAGCUGGUCAGGGUGUUCCCUCUGCGGUGAAUCCUCAGAAGUUCGUCAAAGUUUUAUACGAUAUACUGAAUCUGUGCAAACUUAGAGGUGCUGCCGUGCUUUCCCCGUAACUUGCUGAUCCUCUGGUAUGGUAAUGCCAAGUAAUUUGAAGUUCCUGACCCUGUCCACCUCCAAUCACUGGCUCGUGGACCCCUGGUUCCUUCGUCCUGAAGUUGAUCAUCACCUUGUUGGUUUUGCUGAUGUUGAGUGAGGGGUUGUUGUGGCACUAUUCAGCCCGAUUCUCCGUCUCCCUCCUGUAUGCUGUUUUGUCCUCAUCUUUGAUCCAGCCGGAGUCAGCAAAUGGAAGUGUGGCAUUGGGGCUGUGCUUAGCCUCGCGGUCACAAAGUGAGCAGAACAGGGGGGUUCCGAAUCAGAAUCAGGUUUAUUAUCACUGACAUAUGUCACGAAAUUCGUCGCUUCGUGGUAGCAGAAAAUGCAAGACAUAAAAAAAUUACUGUUAGUUAUUAUAAUAAGAAAGAAAAAUAAACAUAUAGUGCAAAAAGGGAGUGAAUUAGUGAGGUGGUGUUCAUGGAAUCAUGAACCAUUCGGAAAUCUGGCGGUGGAGGGGAGUAGAUUCCUGUACCUGCACUCAAAGUGGUAACGAGAAGAGGGCAUAUAAUGGAUGAAAGUGCACACCAUGAUGGAUGUCACAUUCCUGAAGCAUCGCUUUUUGAUGGUGACAAGGCUAGUGGCUGAGUCUACGACCUUCUGCAGCUUUUUCCGACCCUGCGCCUCGGAACCUCCAUUCCAGACGGUGACGUAACCGGUCAGAGGGUCCUCCACCGUACCUCUGUGGACAUUUGACCCAGGUGACUGCUGGACUGAGAAAGUCCAAGUCGAGUGUGCACUGAUAUACACAAGUCCAUGCCUGCACAGCUGCAAUGAAAGACUUAUUGCAGCAGCGACACCAACACACAGCUUCAGGUAGGCAGCAUUCACAAGGAAAACAAACUACACACACUUAUUACAAGAAAUAACACAAAUAGAACAAAAGGAAACUUCUUUGGAAUUUGGAAUAUUUUUCCAAACAAUAAGUUCAUUAUAGAGCAAAGUGAUCAAAGUGCUCUUGCUGUGAAUAGGGUUGUGCCCAUUAGUUCAAAAACUGAACGGUUGAAGGGAAGUAACUGCUCUUGAACCUGGUAGUGUGGGUCUUAAGGCUUCUGUAUCUCCUCUCCGAUGGUGGCUGAGAGGAGAUGGCAUGGACUGGAAGGCGGGGAUCUUUGAUGGU